AUGCCAGAAUUUAUAGUUGAUCCAAAUGUUGAAAAACCUAUAAUAACAGUGGAUGGCGAAUUAAAAUAUACAGAAUAUUCAAUUACAGUCCGUGCAUUGAUUACAAUAAUAAAUGGUCUAAAUUGUGUAUCAUGCGUUGCAUCAGCGAAUUUAGGUUGUAAUGAUCCGUAUGAUGGAGCUACAUCGGGAGAUAUUCCUGUUCCAUAA